GAAAGGCGGCCUCCCCUGCAACUUCGUCGUCUCUUGUUUUUGAACAAGUCCUCUCACAUUCUAACCUUGAGCCUUCGGACACGUCUCCUACUUCCCUUCCACUUCUGCCACUUUUCCCGGAAUUGCACGUGCCAACCCACACCUCUCCUUAUAUAUACACACCCCCCGCAAUUCUACGUUCAUACAUCUCACCACAAGCAUCUCCUUCUCUACACAAAAACACACACAAACUCUCUCUCUUAUUUUUUGAAACAACAACAAUGGUUGAGCCUGCAACUGAUACCAUAGCAGCAACAAAGCUUGUGCCUUUGUUGAAAGAUGAGCUUGACAUUGUUAUACCAACUAUAAGGAACUUGGAUUUCUUGGAGAUGUGGAGGCCUUUCUUUGAGCCAUACCAUCUUAUCAUUGUUCAAGAUGGCGAUCCAUCUAAGAUUAUUAAGGUCCCUGACGGUUUUGAUUAUGAGCUUUAUAAUAGGAAUGAUAUUAACCGGAUUCUCGGUCCUAAGGCCUCCUGUAUCUCUUUCAAGGACUCUGCUUGUCGUUGCUUUGGUUACAUGGUUUCUAAGAAGAAGUAUAUCUUCACUAUUGAUGAUGAUUGCUUUGUUGCUAAGGAUCCAUCUGGCAAAGCUAUCAAUGCACUUGAGCAGCACAUCAAGAACAUUCUCUCACCGUCAACUCCAUUUUUCUUCAACACCCUCUAUGAUCCUUACAGAGAAGGAGCAGAUUUUGUGCGUGGGUACCCCUUCAGUCUUCGUGAGGGUGCCCCUACUGCUGUUUCUCAUGGCCUCUGGCUCAACAUUCCUGAUUAUGAUGCACCUACUCAGCUUGUCAAGCCUCUUGAGAGGAACACUAGGUAUGUGGAUGCUGUUUUGACCAUUCCAAAGGGCACCCUGUUCCCCAUGUGUGGUAUGAAUUUGUGUUUCGACCGUGACUUGAUCGGACCUGCAAUGUACUUUGGUCUCAUGGGUGAUGGUCAACCAAUUGGUCGCUACGACGAUAUGUGGGCUGGCUGGUGCACCAAGGUCAUCUGUGACCAUCUGGGACUAGGAGUCAAGACUGGUUUGCCAUAUAUCUAUCACAGCAAGGCUAGCAACCCGUUUGUGAACCUGAAGAAGGAGUACAAGGGCAUCUUCUGGCAGGAAGAGAUCAUUCCCUUCUUCCAAGCUGCUACUCUUCCAAAAGACUGCACCAGUGUUCAAAAGUGCUACAUUGAACUGUCCAAGCAGGUAAAGGAAAAGCUUGGAAAGGUUGAUCCAUACUUUGACAAGCUUGCUGAUGCCAUGGUUACUUGGAUUGAGGCCUGGGAUGAGCUUAACCCCGCCGGAGCUCCUGCUAAGGUUUCCAAUGGCAAAGCUUAAUUGAAAUUUUGAUUAGGUGGCUAGGUGCUUCAGCCAGGAAGAGAGAAGAAUUUACGCGUUCAAGUCAUUUUUUUUUUAAGAAAAAAAAACCCGAGCUGUGUGGUCAAUACUUGGAUUUUCAGAUUGGUGGAUGUAAUAUUUUUUUAGUAAUUUAUAAACUUCUUGUUUUGAGUUUAACCGGAAUAAAAUACAUUUAGUUCAGCAAUAA